GCUAGUGACAGCGGCCCGCUGGAGCGGGAGCCCCGGAGCAGCUGCGCGCCUCCCCAACGCGCGCUCAGGGGCCAGAAGUCCCAGCCCCUGCUCAGGUGGCGUUCUACUCCUCCCCGGACCCCGCCCCGUCUCCCUUGCCCCCACGACCCUCUGGCCUCCUCGACGGCUGCGGGAAGGCGCCCAGCCCGCCGCGGAUGGGCAUCGUGGAGCCGGGCUGCGGAGACAUGCUGACCGGCACCGAGGCGAUGCCGACUGACGAGGGCCGGGGGCCCGGAGCGGACCAGCAGCAUCGCUUCUUUUAUCCAGAGCCGGGCGCACAGGACCCGACAGAUCGCCGUGCAGGUGGCAGCUUGGGGACGCCCUACUCUGGGGGCGCCCUGGUGCCUGCCGCGCCGGGCCGCUUCCUCGGCGCCUACGCCUACCCGCCCCGGGCCCAGGCGGCCGGCUUCCCCGGGCCAGGCGAGUCUUUCCCGCCGCCCGCGGGUGCCGAGGGCUACCCGCCCGGGGAUAGCUACGCAGCCCCAGACCCGCGCGCCGGGCUCUACCCUGGACCGCGCGAGGACUACGCAAUGCCCGCGGGGUUGGAGGUGUCAGGGAAGUUGAGAGUCGCGCUCAGCAACCACCUGUUGUGGUCCAAGUUCAAUCAGCACCAGACGGAGAUGAUCAUCACUAAGCAAGGACGGCGAAUGUUCCCAUUCCUCUCUUUCACUGUGGCUGGACUGGAGCCCACAAGCCAUUACAGGAUGUUUGUGGAUGUGGUCUUGGUGGACCAGCACCACUGGCGGUACCAGAGUGGCAAGUGGGUGCAGUGUGGGAAGGCAGAAGGCAGCAUGCCAGGAAACCGUUUAUACGUCCACCCAGACUCCCCCAACACCGGAGCCCACUGGAUGCGCCAGGAAGUUUCAUUUGGAAAACUAAAGCUCACCAACAACAAGGGGGCUUCCAACAAUGUGACCCAGAUGAUCGUCCUGCAGUCUCUCCAUAAGUACCAGCCCCGGCUGCACAUUGUGGAGGUGAAUGAUGGAGAGCCAGAGGCCGUCUGCAAUGCUUCUAAUACACACAUCUUUACUUUCCAAGAGACACAGUUCAUUGCAGUGACUGCUUAUCAGAAUGCCGAGAUCACUCAGCUGAAAAUCGACAAUAAUCCCUUUGCCAAAGGAUUCCGGGAGAACUUCGAGUCCAUGUAUGCAUCUGUUGACUCCAGUGUUCCCUCCCCACCGGGACCCAAUUGUCAACUGCUUGGGGGAGACCCCUACUCACCUCUUCUAUCCAACCAGUAUCCCGUUCCCAGCCGUUUCUACCCCGACCUUCCUGGUCAACCCAAGGAUAUGGUCUCCCAGCCUUACUGGCUGGGGACACCUCGGGAACACAGUUAUGAAGCAGAGUUCCGAGCAGUGAGCAUGAAGCCCUCAUUCCUGCCCUCUGCCCCGGGGCCCACUGUGCCCUACUACCGUGGCCAAGAAGUCCUGGCACCCACAGCGGGCUGGCCUGUGGCCCCGCAGUACCCUCCCAAGAUGAGCCCAGCUGGCUGGUUCCGCCCCAUGCGAACUCUGCCCAUGGACCCUGGCCUGGGAUCUGUGGAGGAACAAGGAUCCCCCUCGCUGUGGACUGAGGUCACCCCUCUCCGACAGGAGCCCAGCGACUCAGGACUGGGUGAAGGGGAGUCUAAGAGAAGGCGGAUAUCCCCCUAUCCCUCCAGUGGCGACAGCUCCUCUCCUGCUGGGGCCCCCUCUCCUUUUGAUAAGGAAACCGAUGGCCAGUUUUAUAACUAUUUUCCCAACUGAGAAGAUCCCACUGGGUUGGAGGGCGCCAGCUAUCUUAGGAAACAGACACGGGUCGAGAAGCCCCGAGCUCUCACCAUACUUUCCCCCAUAGUGAUUGGUUGGGGAAGGAGAGGGGCAAGAAGGAUUUUGGGGUUCACUUGUUGCUUCCUGGCCCACAUGAAAAUGUGACAGGAGUGUCCCCUGCCCCUUCCUCUGCCGGAACUACACUCACGUACCUGGUGCUGCUUCUGACCGUCGGUUCCGUGGAGAAUGGAAAACGGACUCAUGGACUCCAGAACGUUUUGGAUCCAGAGGGACGAAGGCUUCUGGCGGAAGGGCCAGGGGAGGGGCCAAGCCUGGAGGCGUACCCCCUUUCCCUUCGGAGUAACUUUGAACUGUUAGUCUCUCACGGUGUUAAUCUCUUGACCUGAGGGUAACAGCCAGCCAACCAGAACAGGGACAGGACUCAGGUGACUUUGUGUAGACUGGGUCCCCCUGCAAGGAGAUAAGAGAAUGGUGCAGAGGAAGGGGUUGGGGUGUGCAUUUCACCAAGUGAGGUCACUUUGAACUGGUGUACACAAGCUUUUUUCUUUUUUAUUUCUUUGGGAUAGGGAGGCUAUUUAUUGUAGACAGAGUGGUGUCUGGAUGUGUAACUUUUGUUUUCAUCACUUUCUGAAAAUAAACAUGGAAAUGA